AGCAGGGCUCAAGCCACAGGCACGGGCCGAGCCGCAUCUGGGAGCUUCUCUUGCCAAAACUCUAGGUCCAUCUGCGGACAGCAGAGCUAGAGCACCUACGAAAGAGAGAUACCGCUGCCACACGGCUCGACUCGACUAGCAACUCCCGCGUUCCCCCAUCCAUCCCUCAUCUCUCUCAUCCGCCCAGCUCUGGUGGAUGCGCUCCUCCCACAAUGCCCUGGCAACCGCUGCCUCGGAUCGCCUUCGCCGUCGCUACAUACCCCUUCACCGCGUCCAGCCCUGCCGACCUCCCCCUGGAGAUUGGUGACGAGCUCUACAUAAUCGAGGAGACCCCAGAUGGCAAUUGGCUGCGCGGAUACCUGGUUGCGCCCCCCAGCCUGCUCGCUGGCCUUACGAGCAUCAAGGGCCAGACCCUAGAAGCUCGCGUCUUCAGCGGCAUCUUCCCGCGCAGCUGCGUCGAGGUCCGCGAGGUGCUCGGCGAGACCGACGAGACCGACGACAACGAGAGCCAAGAUGGGCCAUUGGAACCCGCAGACCCACCGCGCGUGGGCAGCGACUCGGCGAAGAGCGGGCUUGCGGGCGGCGAGAAGAAGAGGCGCAAGGACAGGCUGAGGGGGCCGGAGAUAUCUGUGGUCGGACUGCUAGGAGAAGGCAAGGCGAGGCGAACGACGAGGGACUCGAGUCUCCUUCUGGACGGGGCACAAGGCCGGCUCUCUGCCCCCCCCAAGCGCGACCCCAAUGCGCCGCGCCCAGCCGCCCCGGUGCCCAUGCUGAAAAUCGGCGACGAAACACCCACCUCGUCUUCCGAACCUCUCAUCGACGAGAUCGCAUCCUGCCUGCGGGAGUGGCACUCGACCAACUUGCACGAGCUCCUGCUUUCGCGGCAGUACGGGAAGCUGGACAAGCUGUGGCAGCUCAUCACGACGCUGAAUUUCUCGAGGCAGCAAUUCCUCCACAACGUACUCACGACUUGGGAGUAUGACAACCUGCGCGAGAAGACGGUGUGGGACCUCGUCCGGGUGAACAAGCUAUGCGGAGGAGAGGUCAUCGUGCGCGACCCGCGGGUGCGCGGUCGCGUGUUGACGGGCGACGACUCGGUCGUCGAGGUCACGCAGCUGCAGUCCGUCAUGAGCCUCCUCGACGAGCCGCCGACCCCGACCGUCGAGCUCACCGCCCUCCACCACCUCAUGAUCGACGUCAAGGGCUUCGCAGGCGCGUCCACCGAGUCGACGACGCUCGUGCUCUACCUGGCCAGCAAGCCCGUCGGCGGCUUGCUCACGCCGCUGUCCGAAAGCUACAUCGUCGAGGUUCCCGCCGGCGGCCAGAUGGGGAACCUCGCGAAGGUUCUACAGAUGCGCACCCUCUUCGCCGACCUCACCACGGCGGACAUUGGGGACGCUCCAUCGGCCGAAUCCGAGCUGUAUCUGGUUGUGAAGAUCCGCGCCCCCCAGCAAUUCGUCGCCGCCAAGCCCAGCUCGCGGUCUGGCUCCAUGACGCAGGGCAUGGCGUCAUCCUUCUCCAAGGACCACUCGAAGCCACCGCUGACUGGCGGAAACAAAUCGAUGCGUAGGAGCUUGAUGUGGGCGGGGAAGAACACGAGGUCGGCGUUUUCGAGAGGGAAUCCUAAACUCGACUCCUUGAGCGAGCAGCUGGAGCCAAGACCCGCAACAGAGGGGGCCCCGGAGAGCAGAGACGGACCACCGCCGAGCACGGCGAACUCGAGGGCGGCACCGCGGCACUCGAUAGACGGCCAGGGCAUCUCUGCAGUGGCAGAUCGAACGGUCGGCGUCGGGGUCUUGAAGCUCAACUCGAUCAUGAAGCAGGAGGAGGAAGUCGAGCAUGUGGUGAGCAUAUGGGCUCCGUCCGCGAGGUUCCCCUCCGAGAGAGGGGACGGUGGCGAGGAAUGGGACCCGGCCAUGCGCGAAGUCAUGGACUCGAAGACGGGCCAGUACGAGAAGUCGAGGAGAGCCGAGCGGCUGCAGGUCCAUCUGCGAGCUUUCAACAACCCCGACGCCGACGCUCUCAUCAAGGCCACCCCUACAGUGCUCUCCGGCAUAUGCAAGACCAACAAGAUGGGCUUUGCGGGCGCGCCGACGAAGCCGAGAUCCGAUAUCUUUAUGACCAUCGACGAGGCCAUCCUGUCCCGACAGACUCUCUUGUCCAGAUCCGGGGCAAGCCCGGCGCCGAUACCGAGCGGCAUGCACGGGAACAACCUUCAAGUGACGCUCGAGGUCCGCAAAUCGACUGGUGAGCGCAUUGAUAACUGCAUCUAUGCCUCGUCCAACACCGAGGCCGUCACCACUUGGAGGACAGUCGCGACCGACACGGGAGACCCGUGGAAGCAGACCAUAAGGCUUGUAAUAGCACCUCAGGACGUCUACGGCAGCCACGUUAUACUACACAUUGCCGACAUGCCCAACCCCCCCUUCGCUGUCGCCUACCUGCCGCUGUGGGAUCAGCAGGCCUUCGUGCGAGAUGGCCCGCAUGGGCUGCUGCUAUAUCGGAUUGACGAGAACACGACGUCCCCCCAGCCCAGUGCACCGGGCAGGGGCGGCUAUCUCAGCUUGCCGUGGACGACUCGCGGUGAACACCAGGCCGAGGUUACGGGCCCGCUGGCAAUUCUCCGCGUCGAGACGUACCUGUGCAGCACGCGCUUCUCCCAGGACAGGAUCGUCCUGGGGCUGCUGAGGUGGAAGGACAGCCCCCGCGAAGAAAUCCCCAACCUGCUGAAGCAGCUCGUCUUCGUUGCCGAGAUCGAGGUCGUCAAGCUCCUGAGCGACGUCCUCGAUGCCCUGUUUGGGAUCCUGGUCGAGUACUCGGGCAACGACGAUUAUGAAGAUCUCGUCUUCACGGCUCUCGUGAGGGUCUUGGACAUUGUCCACGAUCGACGGUUCAACCUGGCGCCGCUAGUCGACCAUUACGCGGAGAGCAAGUUCAACUACCCCUUCGCAACCCCCUGUCUGGUCCGCUCCUUCACCCGACUCCUGUCCAAGCCCGCAGAACCCGACACGGCGAGGAGGCUGCGGGCGACUUUCAAGGUGGUGCGGCACAUUCUAAAGUUCAUCACGCAUGCACGGGGCCAGCAGAAGGCAAAGGAGGCCGGCAUCGGGAUCACAGGAUCGACCCCGGGCUUCACCCGCCAUCUACGGAGCAUCUUCAAGGCUCUUGACGCCAUGAUGCGCAGCAAUGCGCCGGUCCUCGUCGGCAACCAGACCCUCGCCGUCCAGCACUUCCACACCUGGCUGCCCGAGCUCGCGGGCCUGCUGACGACCGAGGAGAUCCUGCACGUCGCCAUCGACUUCAUGGACUCGUGCGCCGCGGUCAAGGGCAAGCUGGUCCUGUACAAGCUCGUCCUGAUCAUCAACUACGCGAAGCUGGACAUAUUCUCGCAUCCCGAGCAGAGAUCCGCUCUGAGCGCUAACACCGUCAGAUGGAUCGCCCCCCACUGGGGCAGCCCGCCCGAGGUCACGGAGCAGUGGAGGGAGCAGGUCAGGCUGUGCUGCUCCGUCCUCGCGAGCCAGGUCGAACAUCUAGGCCCCGAGAUCCCAGACUACAUCCCGAAGAUCAUCGAAUCUUACCUAGCCAUCCAGGCUGUCGAGAAGAGGCCGAGGAACCGCCUCUCCCUCCUAUUCCCCACGACGUAUCCCUUCCCUUCGAAGCCCACCACUGAGGAGGUCACGGUCGACGAGGCUGCCAUAGAACUAUCUGCUGUGCUGUCUGCGCUGUCGAACUCGCCGAGCGGCAUGCAGCUGGAGCUUACCGAUGACGACCUCGAUGCCGUUGUGGGGAACACCCUCCGCGUCCACAUGAGCAUCCUGCAGGGCGAGGCGUUCCCGGCGGACUGGCUGAGCGUGCACAUCUUCCACCACAAAUCGACGAUGCGAACGCUGCAGUACCUCGCUAGCAUCUUACUGGAUUCCUUCCUUCCCGACCCGGACGAGGCCGAGAGCUUCAACACCGAGCUGUGGAAGAUGUUCUUCACAACGCUGCUGAAGCUUGUCGGGAGCUCGUCGCUCGCCCUGGAGACGUUCCCCGAACAAAAGCGCAGAGCUGUCUGGAAGAUCGCGGGCGACGUGCGAGAACACGGCGCCGAGCUGCUCAAGCGGACGUGGGAGGCGAUCGGGUGGGAGACGAGCGCGGACGAGCGGGCGAGGUACGGCCUCGCCAAGAUGGGCGGCUACCAGGUCCAAUACGUGCCGGCGCUCGUGGGGCCCAUCGUCGAGCUCUGUCUCAGUGUGCACGAGGGCCUCAGGCGGAUGGCCGUCGAGGUCCUGCAGACCAUGAUCGUCAGCGAGUGGACGCUGAGUGAGGACCUCUCGGUGAUCCAGACCGAGAUGAUCGACUGCCUCGACACCUACUUCAAGACCAAGCCCCUGACCGAGAGCAUCCUCCAGAAGCUGUUCGUCAACGAGCUGCUGGAGCGGUUCGAGCUCAUCCACCACCUGCCCGAUGAGCCCCUGUUCGUCGCCCUGCGGGAGCUCAUGGCCACCGUCGACGAGUUCCUGGACCUCCUCGUCGCCGUCCACAGCGGAGACGGCACCGGCGAGGUCUCGCAUCUCAUCCACCGGUUGAGGCUGAUGGAGUUCCUGCGAGACAUGCAGAAGGAAGAGAUAUUCAUACGCUACGUGCACCAGCUCGCCAACCUGCAGUCCGAUGUGAGGAAUCAUGCCGAGGCCGGCCUCGCGCUGCGGCUGCACGCGGAUCUGUACGACUGGGACCCAACAAAGAUGGCGCCGGCGCUGGCAGAUCCGAGGCUGCCCGCCCAGUCGCACUUCGAGCGCAAGGAGAGGAUCUACUUCGAGAUGAUCAAGCACUUCGAGGACGGCGAGGCGUGGACCAGCGCGCUGGACGCCUACAAGGAGCUGCAGGUGCAGUACGAGACCAACGUGUUCGACUUCGCCAAGCUCGCGCGCACCGAGCGGGCCAUCGCCACCGUCUACGACACCAUCUCCAAGAGCGACAGUCUCGUGCCCAAGUACUUCAAGGUCGUGUACAAGGGCCUCGGGUUCCCGACCAGCCUGCGGGACAAGGAGUUCGUGUUCGAAGGGUCGCCCACCGAGAGGGCGUCGGCCUUCACGGACCGCAUGCAGGAGCAGUACCCGGCGGCGCAGAUCGUCGCCAGCGAGCACAUCGACGACGUCGAGGGCCAGUUCCUGGUCAUCUCGUCGGUCACGCCGCACCGCGACCUCGGCCACCAAGUGUUCCAGCGCGCCCGCGUGCCGCAGGUCAUCCGCGACUACCUGCUCUCGAGCCACCCGCAGACCUUCUCGGUCAGCUCGAAGCGCAACACGAGCGGGCCCAUCGCGGAGCACUACGCCGAGAAGAUUGUGUACACGACGGCCGAGCCGUUCCCGACGAUCCUGCGCCGCAGCGAGAUCGUGUCGACGCGCGAGGUGCGCCUGUCGGCCGCGGAGACGGCGCUCGAGCGCAUCGCGCGCAAGACGGCCGAGAUGACUGCCGUGGAGCGCAAGCUGGCCGAGGGCGAGGGCGGCGACGAGGCCGCGCAGCUGCUGGUCGACGCCGUCAGCAUCAGCCUCAACCCGACCUCGGAGAGCAGCGUCGUGCGCUACCGCCGCCUGGUUCCCGGGACGCCCGCUCCCGGGGAAGACGACGACGCCGCCGCCAUGGCCAUGAUGAGCGGCGAGGCAGAGGCCGAGCCGGUCGAGCUGAGCCCGCAGGAGAAGGCCAUCAAGAUGGCGCUGGUGGACCACGCCAUCAUGAUCAAGAGGUGUCUGGCCAGCUUCUCGAAGAGCAACAACCCGAUCCUCACCAAGCACGUCGAGGAAUUCCAGACAUACUUCGAGAGCACCUUCGCGCCCGAGAUCGCAGUCUUCGCCCCGCCGCAGCCCCUCCGAGACCCCAACACCUCUCCGACCCCGACAUGGCCACGCUCCCCACCCGCAACGGUCCCGAGCCCGCGCCUGCAGCAACAACAGCAACAAAUAAACGCCGCCACCACCACCGCCUCGCCCAACCCCGACGCACCAACCCCGAACCCCCUCACCAACGUCGCCGCCGCCGGCGGAGAAGAGGUCUCGGUCGUCCGGCCCGUCUCCCUCCGCCAGGGCCGCGGCGCGAGGCUCAGCUUCCUGGGGGGGCUGAAUAAGAAGGACGGCAGCCAACAGCAACAGCAGCAACAACAGCCGCCCCCGCCGGUGCCGGCUGUCCCGCCCCAGGUUAACGGCGAGGGGGAGGCGCCAGGCGGGGCCGGGGGGAACCCUAAUCGGAGGAGCUUCUUCCGGUCGCAUGCUGGUGAAACAAACCACCACCAUCACCCCCAGCAGCAGCAGCAGCAGCAGCAGCAGAACAGCCACGGUAGCGGCGGCGGCGGCGGCGGCGGUGGCGGGAGCGUCAAGCGGCCGCCCGUCGUUGUGCGGGUCAACGGCGCGGACGCGGGGGACUGGGCGGGCGCUGGCGCGGCUGGCGAGGCCGGGGCCGGCGGGGAGUCCAAGGUUGGGAACGUGAGGAGGAGGUUGAGCUUGCUUAAGCUGGGGAAGAAGAGUAGUAAGGGGAGUGGGUUGAUGGGGAGCCUGGAGGAGGAGUGAAGGCGGAGUGAAAGUCAGUCAGUCGGGAUUUUAAGGGAUCGUUCUAUUCUCCGAUUCGUGUCUUUGUUUGUGUGGUUCUGGAUAUAUAUACCUCUCUUCUUUUCGUUUCUUGUCUGUUUACUUCUACCUUUUUUUUUUUUUUUUUUUGUUCGCCUCCCUCUAUCGCUCUAUCUCUCUCAUGUUGUUAAAGGCUGUGUGUAUCGUCCAAUGGAUGGAUGGAUGGAUGGAUAACCGAAAUUCGGUGUUGAAACUGGAUACCCCUCUCGUCGGCGACCGGUGGUUUUAUUACCGCGUCUUCUUGCCU